CUUGCCAAUAGAAGCAACCGAUGACUCCCCCUCUCCCUCCUUCGCAGGGAUCCUUCACUCCAUUCUCAUCUGAUUCUCUCUCAAAUUCACUUCGAUCGAACGCAUUUGACUGGAAACGGAAAAGGGUAUUCUUAAAUUGAAGCAGACGUGAGAUUUAUCCUCAAAGACUUCAUUUUUCCAGUGCUGGAUAUUGGAGUUGAGAUCACAAGAAGGAAUUUUCCCUCUUCAGAUAUUGUAAAAAUUGUUGCUGUCAUGGAUCCAGAGGCUGCAAAGACUGCAAGAGACUCUUUGAAUUUGGCAUUUCACAUGUCAAACCUUCUUGAUACAGGACUUGAUCGACACACCCUUUCGGUUCUUAUUGCCCUUUGUGAUUUGGGUUUGAACCCAGAAGCACUUGCUGCUGUUGUGAAAGAACUCCGGAGAGAACCUGUUUCAUCUUCACUGCCAAAUUCUAGUGCUCCGGUAGCUAAACCGUAGUUAGCAGGACCAUUGGGUUAAGGAAAUCCAAAUCUGACUGAAGCAUAGUUGCAGCUUUUCUCUAGGCAGCAAGCGCAGAUCAAAUUUCGCAAAUAUUGAAGUUGCUGAAGUGCAAUUGUUGAUAGUUUACCUUGAUGGAAGUUUUAGAUUUUCUUCACCUCUGCUUCAGAAGCUUUUCUGUAGCUAUGCUUGAGAUGUUCCUCUCCAUUAGAUCUAUGACACAUGCUGUGUUUGGAACUUCACCACCCCUUUAUGCGUGAAAUGCAUUGAGAACUUUUAUGUGCUGAAAUUUUUGUGGCCGGUGUCAACGUUGUUAUAUCUGGAUAAACCUGUGAUGGAAUGAAGCUCCUGGGCAUCAAAAUCUAAU